AUGUUUAGUUCAGGGGAAAAACCCCCAAACCUCCCGCUUCCGGGAGAUGAGGGCAGGCAAGGAAGCCACCUCCCCGAGAGCGCGAGCACUGACGUCGGACUUCCCCAUAGCAUGGAUCAGCAGGCGGUGCUUUAUGGAGCCCCAGAUGGCUCUGUUAUUCCUGAGGUUGAAAGCGUAACACGAAGUAACAGAAGAGGCCGCAGGGGAAGGACAAGAUUAACAAAGUCGCUCCCGCUGCUGGUGCUUCAGGUUUCUAUUGUUGCAUUGGUUUUCUUGGUGGUGUCCUGUGCCUUCCGCAUCUCUUCGUCUUCAGUGAAUGUGGGAGCCCCUCGUAAUCUGGCGCAUCUGGGGGGCUCGGGGGGUAAUCCUUCGUCGUCCUCCCGCCCUGGCUCCUCAAAUGGCUUCCCGCGUGGGCGCAACGGCGGCCCCCGCAGAACCGGCGACCCUCUAGAUUCUUUGUGCAGUCGUUAUGAUGAUGGCUUUGGAGACCCUUCUUCUGUGCCUCACGAGGACUUAGGAUUGUUUGGGCCGCCUCAAACACAACCCCUCGACCUGCGGCAGUCCGCUGGAUCAUCAAGUGGUGUAGGCAGUUCAGGUGUACGCCUACCAGCAGGAAGGCCGGCUGGUGGGCCCAUACCCGACGAACAGGAGGAGCCUUUGGACUUGAGUGUCGGGAGCAACGGCAACGGAAGCAUUGCUGGGCCCCCUACACAAGGUGCUGCAGGGGAUGCUGCUACUCAUCCCGCAUCAACUUCUAGUGCUGGGUUAGGUGGUCCUCCGCUUCCAUUAGUCGGUACUGCUGGGGUUGCUGGGUAUGGUGGUCCUCACCCUCCAUAUCCUGGUGCUUCUGGGUUUGAAGGUGGUUACUACCCCUUUGAUGUUUCUGGUGGGGUUGGUGCUCUCCCCUCUUCGCAAGUAGCUGUCGGGGUAAGGGCUGGCCCGUCUGGACGUGGGCGUGGUUCUCGUUCCUCUUCUGCUGGUAGGGGUGGUGCUCGCCGCUCUUCAGUUGCUGCUGGUAGGGGUGGUGCUGGCCCCUCUUCACUUGCUUCAGGUGAGGGGGGUACUCAAAGGGGUGCCAGGCGUGGUGGUGGUGCAGGGGUGCGUCAACGUGCUAGAGGUUCUGGACGUGGAGCUACUGGACGUGGUGGGCCUUCUGCUGCUGGGCAUGGCUUGCCUCAUUCAGCAGCAGCACAGGCAGCAGCAAUACUUUCAGGAACAGCAGCAGCAGCAGGCAGCGGAGGCGCUCGAGGCGGCAGGGCGCGUCGUGUGUUUAUCCCUGCACCACCAAGUUCCCCUUCUUCUGCCUCUACCGAUAGCACAGACACAAGCCCUGAGGCUCAGGAGGAAGGAGAUGCAGAUUCAGAAAGCAGCAAUGAUCCCGACGAAGAGGGUCUAGACAUCACGUGGAAACUGCGUAUAUGGGGAUCACAGGGAGGAGGAUCGCCUUUAACACCAACACACGGAGGGGCAGGGCCCUUCCAUCCGAGGCCCCCAUCCGGCAGCUCAGGCAGCUCUUGGUGGCUGACAAAUUGGCUGCAUAGUGGGGGUUUAUCUUCAAGCGGCUCUUCUCAAGGCAGCAGAGACAACCAAAGAGACAGAGACGGCGCCGUUCCUUCCACCUCAGAUGAAGGGGCCUUCCCCGGCACCUCCGCCGGUCCAUCUUCUGGAAGACGGAGGGAGGAACUGCUGAAUAAGUUACGGGAUUCAAUAAAGGAGAGGCAGAGAGGGAGGGAACAACAAGAACAACAGCAGCGGGAACAACAACGGCAGCAGCAUCAUGGUCCUCAUCAUCCGCCAGACCGCAGUCACCACCACCACCACCACCAUCACCACCACUACCACGGGCAAGGGGGAGGCCACCAACAUUCCCACCACCACAGCGAUCAGCUGCAGGACGAUUCGAGCCACCACCACCACCACCAUCACCACCACCACCAGCAGCAGCAGCAGCAAGCCCACGAACACGAACGCGGCCAGGGAGGACACCACCACCAUCAUCACCACCACCACCACCACCAGCCGCAGCCGCAGCCGCAGCCUCAGCCGCGGCCUCAGCCGCAGCCUCAGCCGCAGCCUCAGCCGCAGCCUCAGCCGCAGCCUCAGCCGCAGCCGCAGCCCCAGCCGCGGCCACCGCGGCCACCGCGGCCACCGCGGCCGCCGCAGCGUAUGCCGCUGCUGCGGCUGCUGCUUGAUGGUGACGGGGAGGACCCCUCUCUAUACAGCCUUCUCCAUGGUAGAAACCCCUCCCCAACGGCCCCUAGACCAUUCUCAUCGGCUGUCUGGGAAUGGGGGCCGUUUGGUUCAAGCAAUUCCCCUCACCGCCGCCGCUCACGGGGCAGGAGGGUCCCCCAGGCACCAGGCCCCAUAAGGGGGCGCUAUCAGGGACCGUGGGAUUCGGAUCAGGAAUUGGGAGGCUCCUCUUCAGGCGUCAGUGAGACUGUUUCUGCCAGAUUCUUUGGGGGUUCCUCUGGUGAAGAGCCCCGUCCAAGCAGUGGGCAGAGAAGCCACACCACAACCGCAACAGCUUCCUCCGAACAAGGCUCAGAAGGGGAGGGUACUUCUUCAGGUCGUCACCGUUUACCUGCGAUGGUACUGAGGGGCCCUGGGUGGCAGUCCGCUCAACCUCGAUAUCCCGGAAGGGGAGAUGCAGGGCAGGGGCCCCAACGGGAAGGCCUCGCUUUCCCUCUGGGGGCCUUCCCUCGUGGCAGACCCCAGGAGGUUUCCCAAGGGCCUUCAAGUGCAGGCCCCUGGGCAGGCCCUCAAGGGGGUUUAUCACGUGCAGCCCUUGAAGGAGGAGGGUCACAGGGAGUUUCCCAAGGGCCUUCACAUGCAGGCUUCCAAGGGGGCCCCCAGGAAGUCCCCGAAGGGCCUUCAUAUGGUGGCCACCCCAGGGGGCCCCAGGAAGUCCCCGAAGGGCUUUCAUAUGGUGGCCACCACAUGGGGGGCCCCCAGGAAACCCCCGUACAGGGACCCCAGGUGGGAUCCAGCCGUGGUGAUCAUGGGCGUGCUCCUUUAGGAUCUCAUUCGGGUAGGAGGCCCCAGUCUAGCAGUGGAGGCCCACCGAGACGGUGGUGGUUAGAUAGUGGCAGUGAUUCACGGCGUUUGUAG